AUGAGUUCUACGAAUUUUGCCGCCGCCCAGGCGCGGGUUCUAGAGCGCCGACGACAACGCGAGGCCGAAGCCCAAAGCAGACGAGCAGAGCAACAACGAGCGUGUGCGGUCAACCAUCCAGCGCUGCAAAGACUUCCUUAUCCUCUAAAUACAUUGCCUCAAUCCGGAUUCUCGUUAUGGAAUGCGAUAAAAGGACGUGAAGGUUCACGACCUGCCUUUCGUGUUGGUCAGGUUGAUGCGGAGCUGCUCGACGAGGAAUUACUCGGCCUACUGAAGGGACAAGUUGGGGAUGCUAUGAAAUACUUCGGGCCUCACUUGCGCGAAGAUUGGUCACAUGAAAUCCAGCUGGUUCUCCGCUCAAUACUCUUCAAGCUUUCGAUAUGGGAUCACGAUGCCUCGUACGGCGCGGCGCUCCAAAGUUUGAAAUACAUCGAUAGUCGCAGUAAAGGCCCUGUCCAUUCAACCCCCACCAGGGUGCAGAAGUCGCUAUACGGUCUUCUUACCGUAGGUGGUCGCUAUGCGUGGAACAAAUGGGAGGAUUGGCUUAUUGGCCAGGAAGGGGGUUAUGAGGAACCCUCACCGGAAGUCCGGACACUAUCACGGAUCACGAGUUUUCUUUCCACAACACACUCCGUCGCGGCCUUUAUUUCGUUCCUCGUGUUCCUGGUGAACGGGCGGUAUCGAACGUUGGUCGACCGUAUCCUUCGCAUGCGCCUUACACCACCUUCUGCCCAAGCAAGCCGCGAGGUCUCUUUCGAAUACCUAAAUCGACAGCUUGUCUGGCACGCAUUCACGGAAUUCCUCCUUUUCCUUCUCCCACUCGUUGGCAUUAGUCGGUGGCGGCGUUGGAUAUCAAGGGUGUGGCGAAAAACAAUUUCUGCUAUCAGAUCAACCAGCGACGAGGAUGAACCAAAUGAAAAGCAAGGGGAGCUUGCGUUCCUCCCCGAGCGAACUUGCGCGAUUUGCUACAAAGAAAGCAGUGCUGGCUCGACGACCGAAAAUGAAGUCAUGGCUUCAUCGGGAGGAAUCAUUGGGUCUGCUCAAACAGACGUCACAAACCCAUAUGAGACUGUGCCCUGUGGCUGCAUAUAUUGUUUUGUGUGUAUAGUGCAAAAGCUUGAAGGGGAAGAAGGAGAAGGCUGGAUCUGUCUACGUUGCGGGGAAAUCGUCAAGAAAUGCAAGCCGUGGAACGGUGAUGUCUUAGAAGAAGCCCCAAGACAGUCAACUUCCGGAAAGAUUGUUGGGUUUGCUAUUGAGGACCCUGCGAACCCAAAUUCGGAAAAGGCACCGGAAAAGAUGGAAAACUCAAGUGCUCUGCAGGAUCCCGAAGAUGUGCUUCAAAAUUCUAGCCAAUGGUCUACCGUUGAUCGAGAGUCAGUCGACGAUGUGUCAGACAAUGAGAAACAGCAACCAAGAUAG